UAUGGUGUGUUAUGGUCUAGUAUGGUGUAGUAUGGUGUGUUAUGGUCUAGUAUGAAUACAUUUCCACUGUUUUUUGUUUGACAUAUUUUUAAGUGAAAAUUCGGAGUCUGGCCAUCACUCUGUUACAAUGGAAUGGCCCUCCUACUCUGCAGUCUGUGCAUUAUAAUGAAAUCUCUGGCCCCGCCGGUGAUUGGCUACAUCGGUCACAGGGCUGGAUCACGUGGGUGAGUUCUUUGGUCCUGGGGAAAAUGGGGUUUGGUGUAAAUCCAGGGUGUAUUGCUGUCAUAUAUCACACUACCUCGUAAAAACGACACUGAAGAUUCUGGCCCAACAAAUCACAGAGAAAAAAAUAUGAGUUCUUAUUAUGUGGAUGGUCUUUUUAACAAAUAUACGGCGAGCGGUUCUUUCUUCCCUAACGCAGACCUAGGUUCGUGCACUCUUGUACCCGAUGGAGAAGGACCCGCAUCUGCUCACAACGCCGCAGCCCCUGCCUUCCCACCGUCCCUGUCCGGACUUUACAACGUGAACAAUGCAAUCUACCAGAGCCACCCGAUGUUUAGCCCUGGUUAUGGCCAGGGGCCGGCCAUUCGCAGUCUGCACUGCAGCUCCUUCGACCAGAGUCGUCUGUUCGGGGACAGCUGUGUCCAGCCGGGGCCCCUCACCUCGCCAGAGGACAAACACUACCGGAUGUACCCCUGGAUGAAAACAUCAGAUCCAAACCGAAAGCGUGGACGUCAGACCUACUCCCGGUACCAGACACUGGAGAUGGAGAAAGAAUUCCACUUCAACCGGUACCUGACCCGUCGUAGGCGCGUGGAGAUAGCACAAGUGCUCUGUCUGACCGAGCGCCAAAUCAAAAUCUGGUUCCAGAACCGGAGGAUGAAAUGGAAGAAAGAUCACAAGGACGAGUCCUCAAGCUCGACCCCAGGUGCCACCAGCGAGGACGUAAACGAGGAUGAUGACAGUGAUCCGGUAACCGACGGACAGUCCAAGGCCGAGGACGCCGAGGACGGAGAUUCCCAGUCCACCCGUGUGGCGUCAGAAACCCCUGCAAGAGGAGAUGGAGACAAGGAGGCGAUUAGAAACACUCCAUAAAUGUUCAUAUUGGUCACUAAGGAAAUGUUCAUAUUGGUCACUAAGGAAAUGUUCAUAUUGGUCACUAAGGAAAUGUUCAUAUUGGUCACUAAGGAAAUGUUCUAGAUGCCGACUUUCACAGAAUCGAUACACUCUGUUCGAUCAGAGCUUAGAAGCCUGAUUGAGGAAACGACUUGCAGGGCUGAAAUUGAGACGCACGAAUUUAAUAUAUACAAGCUAGUGAAAACACUGGCUAUAGCUAUAAAAAUGAAUAUAGCUCAAGGAAGAUGAAAGGGAACGGAUACUACCUAUUUACUCCACGCUAUUACUAUGAAAACUCAAUUUGAUCUUUGAAUGUAGAACACGUCUACUAUAAAUGUUAUACAAUAUUUAAUGUGAAUCGUUGGGAACUAUUAGAUAUUUUACUAGUGAAAUAACAUUCCUGAACAGAGAACUACCUAAGGCGACAGUUGCAUUCAUGCAAAGAAUUUACCUCCAGUUUCAAUUGACUUCGAGGAACCUUUUUCGCACUCUUCUUGUCUCUAUUUCAAAGCGAAAUAAAUGCAAAUGUUGAAUCAUCUGGUGAAUAUGGCUUUAACGUUUAACUGCAGCUUAUUAACGUUGUAUUGCGCUGCUGUCUGUUAUCAUGUCUAAUGUGGUGAGAGCUUGUCUUUUGGGGUCGAGAUUUGUAGAGAUUUGAAUAGAUAUUUGCAUGAUUUCCAAACAGCUAUCAAAAAAAUGAAUUGUCCAAUUUGUAUACCCUACCUCAGAUUUUACGUCAGAGACUAAACCUAUAGCCUAUUACUGUCUCACUGAAUUUCAACACUGCCUAAGAAGGACUUAUAAACACUGUAUUGUAACGUCGUGUUGCUAUUGUAUUUUCAUCUCCUUUUUUGCUUUCAAUUAUUCUAACUAGCUAUAGCCUAGGGUCAAUAGCAUUGUUAUGGACGUGAGUGUGUCUGCUUGCACGUGUAAGUCUGUAAGUUAGGGAAUGUGUGUGUUUGUUUUAUUUGAAUCUAGGCUAUAGAAGAGAAGCGGUCCAAUGUUCAGAAAUUAGCAUUUGUUUUGCAAUGUGACUGGUGUAAAUAGACUGCAUUCGACACUCACCGCUUUCCCUCUGCGGUAUUCAUAUUGUGACAUUAUGUAAGAUGCAAUAGUAAUCGAAUAAAAACAAGACCAUUCGGUUUGAAAAA